AGAAGACUUGUCCUCCCAGGAUCUCCCAUCAUCUAUGGAUACUUUGGUGUCCUUCAAAAAGCCACACAGACCUACAGGUGGACCAAUUUCCUUGACUUCAUGAGAGGGGGAAUCACUUUUUGGACACUUUCUGGCCACCCUUGUGGAGAUGUCUGAGGAAAACCUGGGAGAAGAGUCGUCGAGCAGCUCUCCUCCUGUCUCUCCUGUGGACAGCCUGAGCAACAACAGCGAGGAAGAAGAAGAAGAAGAGUUGGACAGACAGCCUAAGAGGUGUGGGAGAAAGAGGAGACCGAGCAGGAAGAACGGGGAGGACUCAGACACCCCUGGGAAAAGAGGCAAGAAGUCCAGCAGCAGCAGCCCACAGUCCUUCGAGGAGCUCCAGUCUCAGCGCGUCAUGGCCAACGUCCGAGAGAGACAGAGGACGCAGUCUCUCAACGAGGCGUUCACGUCUCUGCGGAAAAUUAUCCCCACUUUGCCUUCAGACAAACUCAGCAAAAUACAGACCCUUAAACUCGCAGCCAGAUACAUCGACUUCCUCUACCAGGUGCUGCAGAGCGACGAGCUGGACUCCAAAAUGGCAAGUUGUAGUUAUGUGGCUCACGAGAGGCUGAGCUACGCCUUCUCUGUGUGGAGGAUGGAGGGCGCUUGGUCCAUGUCAACAUCUCACUAACAUCUGGAGAAAUUUUGACCCCUAAAUGGUGACUGCUGAAUCUACUUAUCUGACGGGACAAAUCUGGAGUCCAAUGCUGGAUACAUGGGAUCACUCUAUUUAAAACCAAAGACGACAGAAAAAGAAGCUCAUUACGCAGCAGAGGCCUGCAGACGCGCGUAAAAGCUCCAUAACACUCUGGUGCGUUUUCAUGUUGUUGACGACGAAUGUUGAAAAUAUCAUGUGGUUUUUCUAAAAACAAAAAGGGAAAAGACAUUUUUUUUUUUUUUUUUAAAUGCAUGUCUUCGGACUUCUUUCUGUGGAGAUCAAAGUGCAUUAUUGAAGCAGUUGUGAGACUGUCAACUGGUGGUGUAGCUCACAUUAUAGGCUAAGACUGUGUGGAUCUAACCUGUGCAACAAAAAAAAAAUAUUUUCAGAAUACAUUUAUUUAUUUAUUGGUGAAACGUGUUACUUUGAGGAAUUGUCUGAAAUACAAAUGCAUUCCUAUUUUUUAUUAUCGUUUUUUUUUUGUAAAUGUUUGUAUAUUUUUUUGCAUUAAAAAAAAUGACGAUUAAAGUG